CGUGUCCCCCAACAGGAACCGGCUGUGUCCCCGGCAGGAAUAGGUUGUUCCCACAAGCCGCCCCCUCUCCCCCGGCUGUCGGACUCAUCGCUGAUGCCGGGGAAACUGAGGCGCGGCAGGCGGGAGGUGCUGGGGGAGAAGCAGUGGCGGAGCGCGGAGGAGAAGGGAAGUGCCCAGCGGGAGCAGCCCAAGCUCACCAGAUCCAGGACCUAUGAGUCCUCCUGCAAGGAGCCGGAGCAGGCGGCUGCGGGCAGGCAGGGACCCCCAUCCCCCUCGCUGAGCAAGCAGGACAGCAGCUACCGCCGGGCCUUCGGGGAGCUCGCCGAGCAGGACGUGCUGCUGGGCUGCUUCUCCUGCGCCUGGCAGAGAGAAAUGCCCUACCACGGCCGCCUCUACGUGUCCUCCCGCUACGUCUGCUUCCACUCCAACCUUCUGCUCAAGGACAUCAAGGCCGUGGUCCCUGUCGCCUCCAUCUCAGCCCUCAAAAAGACCAACACGGCGCUGCUGGUGCCCAACGCAAUCAGCCUCCGCACGAACAAGGGGGAGAAGUUCCUCUUUGUGUCGCUGCGCCAGCGAGAGGCCACGUACCAGCUCCUGAGGUCGGUGUGCAAACACCUGCAGGGCAGCGGCCAGAGCCCUCGAGACUCAGUGAGCUCCGAGGAAACCCUUGGAAAGUCUCAGAUCUCGAGCCAGUCAGCCCUGGAGCAGAGCACCCCGGAGCCCAACAGCCUCCCCGGAUCCCUGGAUGAGCCCAACCCGAGAUCAAGGCAGGCAGAGGAUGAGGAUGGCGAGGUGGCCCUGCUGAUUCCCAGAUGGGUGCCUGCAGCAGAGAAACGUGGCCUCUGGGGGAGAGCCCACGCCGUGCUCUGGGCCUGGGCCACUGCACUUUGGUCCCGGAUAAACCCCCAGCUGAGCUCUCUCAACAUCAUCAUCACCAUCUACCUGCUGCUCAUGGUGGCCUUGCUGCUGUCCUCGGGGUACAUCGGGCUGCGCAUCGCGGAGCUGGAGCAGCAGCUGUCCUUUGCGGGGGCCGGCCCGCGCCUCAACCUGUCACCGCAGUCCAAGAGAACGUGAGGCCACUGAGGACCAUCAGCAGCGCGGCAGCCGGGGCUCAGGGGCUGCUCUGAGCCCGUCCUUGGCCUCUCGGGGUGGCUCUGUCACCAAGUGCCUUCCAGCUCCCCACGAUGCCUGGGGAGCCCACGGGCUGAGAGGCUCCAUCUCCCUGUCUGCCCACCCUGAGCAGCAGCAGAAGAGACCCAGGGAGCUCCUGGCAGGGCAGAGAGCAGGGAAGGGGAGCUGGAGUCAGCAGCAACCCCCAGCCAGCCCUCCCUGCCCAGAGGGAGAGAGGGUCAAGCCCCAGGCAAGGCAGGGGCACAGAGA